AUCAAUCUUCUUUCAAUCUAAACCCUGCACGUCAUCCCAAUUAUUUUGAAAGCAAAUCCCCAGAUAUAUCACUUUAUGUGUAAAUAUGCCGAUAUGUAUCUCUAAACAAUAAGGACCAACACUACUAUCACAUAAAAAUUAACAAUAGUUCGUUUGUGUCAUCAAUUAUCCAGUCAGUGUACAAAUUUUCUCCAUAGUCUCAUGGUUUUAUACGUUUUUGUAUUCACAUGUUUAACCUGACGCCUUUUGGGUUAAGGCUUUGUUCUCCCCUUCACCUUCUCGGACUUCGCGAUUCUCUUGUCGCUCUCUUCCCUCAAGCUGCCACAGGAAAGGGACCUGUUUCUUCCAGCCCUACCAGAGGUCAGGAGCACCAAUGAAGCGCUGGAGGCUGCUGCCCGUGGAACCGAAGUCGAGUCUCCCUACAAACUCCGGAGGGAGCUCUUUUUCAGUUGCACUGAGGACCGUCUCUGCUGAUGCGAUUGGCAGCGGACACCGGAAGCGCUUGUGAGUCCUCAGCCCAGGCAAGGCUUUGCUCCACGAGACGCACGGAAAGGCCCGGUACUCGGUUUGCACCAGUACUGGAGUCCAGAGUAACCGGUACCCGCGCAGCGAUGGAGCAGGACGCGGGAGGCCGCACGGCCAGCGCGCUGUUCGCAGGUUUCCGAGCUUUGGGACUUUUCAGCAACGACAUUCCACACGUGGUGCGGUUCAGUGCGCUGAAGCGCCGAUUCUAUGUGACGACCUGCGUGGGCAAGAGCUUCCACACCUAUGACGUUCAGAAACUUAGUCUGGUCGCAGUAAGUAACUCAGUUCCACAGGAUAUCUGCUGCAUGGCAGCUGAUGGGAGGCUAGUCUUUGCUGCUUAUGGGAAUGUGUUCUCUGCAUUUGCCCGUAAUAAAGAGGUAGUGCAUACCUUUAAGGGUCAUAAGGCAGAAAUCCGUCUUUUGCAACCCUUUGGGGAUCAUGUUAUCUCUGUUGAUAUUGACAGCAUUCUUAUUAUUUGGCACAUAUAUUCAGAAGAAGAGUAUCUGCAAUUGACUUUCGAUAAAUCAGUAUUUAAAAUUUCUGCAAUUUUGCAUCCAAGUACCUACUUGAAUAAAAUUCUUCUUGGCAGUGAACAAGGAAGCCUACAGCUGUGGAAUGUGAAGUCCAAUAAACUUCUAUAUACAUUUCCAGGAUGGAAAGUUGGAGUGACAGCUCUUCAGCAGGCACCAGCUGUGGAUGUUAUUGCUGUUGGUCUCAUGUCGGGUCAGGUUAUCAUUCACAACAUUAAAUUUGAUGAAACGUUAAUGAAGUUUCGUCAAGACUGGGGACCUAUUACUUCGAUUUCAUUUCGUACAGACGGUCAUCCAGUAAUGGCAGCUGGAAGCCCAUGUGGCCAUAUUGGACUCUGGGAUCUUGAAGACAAAAAAUUAAUCAAUCAAAUGAGAAAUGCACAUUCUACAGCAAUUGCCGGACUGACAUUUCUCCAUAGAGAACCACUUCUUGUCACAAACGGUGCUGACAAUGCUCUCAGGAUAUGGAUAUUUGAUGGUCCCACAGGUGAAGGCCGGCUUUUGAGAUUCAGAAUGGGACAUAGUGCUCCUCUUACCAAAAUUAGGUAUUAUGGACAAAACGGACAACAAAUUCUUAGCGCAAGUCAAGAUGGAACUCUUCAGUCAUUUUCCACGAUACAUGAAAAAUUUAACAAGAGCUUAGGACAUGGACUAAUAAAUAAAAAGAGAGUCAAACGUAAAGGACUGCAGAAUGCCAUGUCAGUGAGACUUCCACCCAUCACAAAGUUUGCAGCUGAGGAAGCUCGUGAAAGUGACUGGGAUGGUAUCAUCGCUUGCCAUCAAGGGAAACUAUCUUGCUCAACUUGGAACUAUCAAAGAUCUACAAUAGGCUCUUACUUUCUCAAGCCAAAAGAGCUGAAGAAAGAUGACAUAACCGCAACAGCAGUGGAUAUAACUUCUUGUGGAAACUUUGCUGCAAUUGGUCUCUCAUCGGGAGCUGUCGAUGUAUAUAACAUGCAGUCUGGUAUACAUCGAGGAAGUUUUGGCAAGGAUCAAGCUCAUAAAGGGUCUGUUAGAGGCGUUGCAGUAGAUGGAUUAAACCAGUUGACAAUUACAGCUGGUAGUGAAGGAUUACUCAAGUUCUGGAACUUUAAAAACAAAACUUUAAUCCACUCCAUGAGCCUCGAUUCAUCUCCAAAUAUGAUGCUGCUACACAGAGACAGUGGCAUUCUGGGACUCGCCUUGGAUGACUUCUCCAUUUGUGUCAUGGACAUAGAAACUAGGAAGAUUGUCAGAGAGUUUUCUGGACACCAAGGCCAAAUAAAUGACAUGGCUUUCAGUCCUGAUGGUCGUUGGCUAAUAAGUGCUUCAAUGGAUUGCUCCAUUAGAACUUGGGACCUUCCUUCGGGGUGCCUUAUAGACAGCUUUUUGUUGGACUCAGCUCCUCUCAAUGUUACUAUGUCCCCUACUGGAGACUUUCUGGCUACUUCCCACGUUGACCACCUUGGAAUUUAUCUAUGGUCCAAUAUUUCCCUGUAUUCAGUUGUUUCAUUACGGCCACUUCCCACAGAUUAUGUUCCUUCAGUAGUGAUGCUUCCUGGUACUUGUCAAACCCAAGAUAUAGAAUUAUCAGAAGAAAACAUAGAACCAAGUGAUGACAUGAUAGAGUAUGAUUCCCCAGAACAGUUGAAUGAGCAGUUGGUGACUCUAUCACUCCUUCCUGAAUCACGGUGGAAAAGCCUUCUUUAUCUUGAUAUUAUUAAGAAAAAGAAUAAACCAAAGGAACCACCCAAAGUACCCAAAUCAGCACCAUUUUUUAUACCAACAGUUCCUGGCCUUGUACCCAGAUACUCGGCUCCUGAACAAAAUAAUGAUCCCCAACAGUCUAAAGUGGUAAAUCUUGGAAUUUUGGCUCAAAAAUCAGAUUUCUGUUUGAGACUCGAAGAAGGAUUGGUAAAUAAUAAAUAUGAAGCUGCUCUUAACCUUCUGAAAGAAUUAGGCCCAUCAGGAAUUGAAACAGAGCUUCGAAGCUUGUCUCCUGAUUGUGGGGGAUCUGUAGAAGUUAUGCAGAGCUUCUUAAAAAUGAUCGGGAUGAUGUUGGACAGCAAGCGUGAUUUUGAGUUGGCCCAGGCCUACCUUGCAUUGUUUCUAAAGUUGCACCUUAAAAUGCUUUCUUCAGAGCCAACACUUCUAGAAGAAAUGACAAAGUUGUCAUCACAGCUGGAAGAAAACUGGAUCUAUUUACAAUCACUGUUCAAUCAAAGCAUGUGUGUUUUAAAUUAUAUAAAAAGCGCUUUGUUAUAAAAAUAAAUGUAAGUGAGUAAAUAAAUUAAAGACAUUUAUAUUAGGUGGGUUCAUUUUGACUCAUAUUUUGUUUUCCAAGUUUCAUUGUGAAAAAAAAAAUAGCAUUACUGACUAGUCCGUCAUUCCCCACUUUAAAUGCUAAAUACUUUCUUGAAAUAAAAUUACACCAGCCUUUUGUUUAAAAGACUAAAAGAAUCUACUUAAAUGAUUUAUUUUCUGAGUCUCCUCACAUAGUUUAUACAAGACUUUUUUUGAAUUGUCAUCACCAACUCAUGUUUUUUGAAUAUUUUGUAGCAUAUAAGAGAUGCUGGAUGCUUCCUGUAAAGUGUUGGUUCAUUAUAUUGAAGAUAAAACUGGUAUAUAAUAUAGUUCUAAAAGUGCCUUCCUGAUGUGAAGUAGAAAGGCAUGUUCCCAUCUUGGUGGCCUUGGGUGAAAACAUGGAUCACUGACUUGCAGAGCUGGCAGCUGUGUGAAACAGCACAGCCCUCUUGUAAUGCCGAAGCAGCAGCUGCUACGUGAGGUCAGCUGGGGAUCUCGGGGAGCCAGCCUGGUUUCCUAACGCUGCUCUAGUGCUCGCUCUGCGUAGCCUUCCUGAAGGAACCUUGUUCUUUUUUCGGGAACGUGAGAGGCACUUUUAGAAGGCAAAUUGCUAUGGGAGACAGUUGAACAGAUAGACAUCUAGGAUAGGUGAGGGAAACACUGAAUUCUGUUGAAGGUAUCCUUUAAAGGCUGUCCUAAUUUUUUUAUUUGGCAAGAAAGUACUAGACUGUACUUUUCUCUCAUAACCAUUGUGAAACCAGAUAGCUCUGGAAGUUCCUCUUUUCUCAUCACUGUUUUCUUUACAUGGUCAAUCUUCAGCAGCACUUGGAUUAAAAACAAGCAAUUCUUAAAAACACAGUGCUCCAGAAACAACUUUUAGUUUAUGCACUCAAAAGCAGUGUCAUUCAGAAAACUCAGCUGGCUAUGUUUGAAUGCCAGUGUCAUUCUCAUUAGGAUAUAAAGGUUUUGCAGAAUAAUCUCCAGAAUGAACAAGUCUCACCAGAAGUUGUCAGUGAUAAUUUUGAAUUGUAAAUAUCCAAGUGUUUAAUGUGUAAGGUAGAAGUAGUAAACUGCUAAAGGAAUAAGCCAGUCUGGUUUUGUACCCUCAGUUUUGUUUUUCUUUUAAAAGUGUCUAUAAAUUUAAUGAAGCCACUGACUGAAAUGUUGAUAAUGACUUAAGUUCUAACUUCAAAAAUUGUAUAUCCCUCUGCCCCAAAUACUAUAUUCUAAAGAUGUGGCAAAAUUC